ACCAACAAUACGCGCCCUCCGCGCAUGCCAAGAAAGAGCAAAAGCCCACAGCCCCACGAACGCUGUUUACGUUCCAAAAUCGAUCAAAUUAUAUUUUUUGUCAAAAGUGCGUGUUUUUGUGAGCCACUAUUUCGGUCCAAUUGAGUGUAAACGUUGCCCUCGCUGACAUGGAAAAGACAGAACUGUCAGAUGACAUCACACACACAUUUGCGCUCUCAGACCAGCACUACAUGGUCCAAGUGGAAGAAAUGGAUGACGAAACGGAGCAGCUCACGGCCGAAAACACGGACGACUCAAACCACGACCCCAUUGACAAAGUCGGGGCGCCGCUCCGCGAGCAAGACAGGUUUUUGCCGAUCGCAAACGUCGCAAAGAUCAUGAAGAAAGCAAUUCCAGAAACGGGAAAGGUAAAUAAUAAAAUCGCGAAGGACGCCCGCGAGUGUGUGCAGGAAUGCGUGUCUGAGUUCAUCAGUUUUAUCACCAGCGAGGCCAGUGAUCGGUGUUAUAUGGAGAAACGGAAGACUAUCAACGGGGAGGAUAUUUUAUACGCAAUGAGUUCGUUAGGGUUUGACAAUUAUGUCGAGCCUUUGAAGCUGUACCUCCUCAAAUACCGAGAGGCCGCUAAGAGCGAUAAGAAUCUCCAACCGAGCGAAAUGGCCUUUGACGAAACCUCUGACGAGAGUUACAUGUGUAAAAAUGAGUAAUGGUGAUAUUUUUCAGACUCAACAGUCACACGAAACGUUAUAGCUGCGGAACCAGGGGGCACUGAAACGGUUAUUUACACAUAUCAGGACACUAACAUUCACCAAUUCCAAAUUAACUAAGCUGUAAAUUUCGUUAUAAUUUAUUUUUUUCUGUAUAUAGUGAUAAGUUGCAUAUUUUUAUUAAUAAACGGUAUUUUAAGAA